AUGCUCGACUUCCUCUCGUCUCUGGGCGAGCAGGUCGUUGACGCCGAAGAGGAAUCAUUCCUCCUCUUCACGCGCGACAUCCCCUCGGCCAAUCUGGGCUUUGUCGAUGCGCGGGCCUCGGUCGUUGAUGUGACCCUUCACGGCCAGGAGCUGGCUAUCCACCAGUCGCCGACGCUGCUCUCGUCAAGGCGCGAGGGGGGAACUACCGGUGCAGUGCUGUGGAAAAUCACUCCCCGGUUCGCAGAAUGGAUUGCCGCGCCAAAGAAUCCCUUCUUCGCCGCGUCCAUCUUGAACCCCGCGGCCACCGUCGUCGAACUCGGCUGCGGAAUCUCUGGGCUUGUGGCCCUCGCUCUGGCGCCGCGGGUUAGCCAUUACAUUGCGACGGACCAGGAAUACGUGCGCAAAAUUUUCAAGCUCAACAUUGACGAGAAUGUUCAGGCCCAGCCCAAAAAGCGUGGCGGUGGCGGCGGCGGAAGAUCCAGGACCGAGAAGAGCAACAACAACAACAACAACAGCAAAAUCACCUUUACACCCCUCGACUGGGAAGUCGACAACCCCACCACCCUGAAACAAACCAUACCAAACACCGCCGAGGAGCCAUCCGACCCGGGCUUCGAUUUGUUGAUUUCUUGCGACUGCAUCUACAACGAAGCACUCGUGCCGGCGUUUGUGCGGACAUGUGCUGAUAUCUGUCGCCUGCGGCCGGUAUAUCAACCAGAUACAAACCCUGAGACAGAAAUUACUUUGGCAGAAAGACCCACGGUCUGCGUGAUUGCGCAGCAGCAGCGGUCGCCCGAUGUCUUUGAGACGUGGCUGCGCGAGACGAUGCGUGUCUUUGACGUGUGGCGACUAAGUGACGAGGUCUUGGGGGACGGGCUCAAGGAUGGGACAGGGUAUAUUGUGCAUGCCCUUGUAUUAAAGCCUAGUCCUUGA